GGUGCGGGGAGGGGUUUGGCUGACGGACCACUCCCCACCACCGCGGCCGCUGCUCAGUGAUUCACCAGGAGAAUAGAACUCGCGGACCGGAAUUCCUUUGCGCGGAGGUGUCAUUUCUUUUUUGGGCGAUGGCGGGCAAACGCAUUACCCAGGAGACCUUCGAUGAUGUGGUGCAGGAAAAUAUCUCGGAGUUUGACAUGGAGCCAGAAGAGGCGCUGAACGAUGCGAUCCAGCAGUUUGAGUCUCAAGGUGUUGACCUGAAUAAUAUAAUCCGAGCUGUGCCGGGGACGGGCGGAGAGACAGGAGGGCAACACGAGGUCCUGCAGGCCCUGCAUUCUGUCCAGCAAGCUCUGGAGCGCUCUUCCCUUGACGAGAUGGCCGAGUGCCUGGACACCUUCGGGAAGCUGUGCAGACGAGACUUUGCUUCCCGGCAUCUGGCAGCGGAGAAGUCAGCGUACGGGACGGUGCUGGGGUCCUGCACACGGCUGCUGGGUGACAAGCCGCGGCUGCUGAUCGGUCUCCAGGCCCUGGGAACACUGCUGGAUGGGCAACCCGACCUCCUGGACCCCGAGGGCCAGCGGCUGCUGGUGGAGGUGCUGACACGAAACUCGAGCGACGCUAAUCUCUGUAUCGCUGCCACUCGGGCCGUGCGACACGCCUGCCUGAAGCACGAGCAGAACCGGCAGGACAUGGUGAGGCUCGGCGUGCUCCGCCUGCUGACCUCCGCCAUCGCCAACCACGUCCAUGAGGCCGACUUGGUCAAGGAGGCGAGCGGUGCUCUCAGAGUCAUGACCUUCGACGACGACAUCAGAGUUCCCUUCGGCCGAGCCCACGACCACGCCAGGCUGAUCGUAACGGAAAACGACGGGCUGAAGAUUAUCAUUGAAGCAGCCAAAGGUUUCACAGGUAACCUGAGCGUUCUCAGUGAGCUGUGUGCCACCCUCGGGCGUCUGGCCGUCAGGAACGAGUUCUGUCAGGACGUUGUGGAUCUCGGAGGCUUGAACUUCCUGGUGGCGUUACUGGCCGACUGCAUUAACCAUCGGGAGCUGGUGCGGCAAGUGCUGGGUGUGCUCCGAAACAUUGCGGGAAACGACGAAGUCAAGGACGCGAUCGUCAGCGCUGGGGGCACAGACCUGAUUGUCUUAGCCAUGAACCAGCACCUCGGCAGCCCUCAGGUGUGUGAACAGGGCUGUGCAGCGCUGGCAAUGUUUGCUCUACGGAAGCCAGAGAACGCCAAGGUGAUCAUGGAAGGUGGCGGUGCCCUGGUAGCACUCCAGGCAAUGAAAGCUCAUGCGGGAGAUGUCUCUGUUCAGAAACAAGUCUGUGGGUUGAUGCGGAACAUGGUGGUCAGGAACCCUCACUUCUGCCAGCUAAUCCUGGAGUUGGGAGCGGAGUCUUUGAUCUCUCAGGCUCUGUCCACCCACGAGGACUGCGGGGAUCUGGCCAAAGCAGCCCUGAGGGACCUCGGCUGCAAAGUGGAACUGCGGGAACUGUGGACCGGAAAAAAAGGGGACCUCGCUCGUUAACAGGGACCUCCUCACCGCAUUGGCUUUGGUUCUUUUUAAGCACGGACUCACAGAGAGGGA